CUGCAAGAAGCUCUCGAACUACGGAAAUUCCGAAAGCGCGCCGCAGGGCUGGACAUAAGUGAUCUCAACCGCGGCGACCGACGGAAACAGAAGGAAAAGCCAGUAGAGGACGACCCAUGGAAGCUGAAGAGCGGCGGAGGGAUCAUCAACAUUGAUGAAGUGCGAGGGAAAAGUUUUGGGGGCGAUGAGAAGGCUGGAGCUGGGGGUGGGGGCAGUUUUGCAACUGCAAGUAACGCCAUGGACACGGAUCGACAUAUGCAAGAUUUCAUUGAAAAGGAAUUAAGGAAACGACGGGGACAGACGGAGGAUGGACCUGCGACUGAGAGUCCCAGCGAUGCACCAAAAGAUUUCCAUGACGAGCUCUUCCAGAUACCAGAUCACUUGAAGACGGCCGAAAAAGCAGUGAGCGAAGGAAAUGUCACACUUUCCACGGCCAUGUUGACGGCGAUACCCGAAAUCGAUCUGGGGAUGAGCGUAAAACUGAAGAACAUUGAAGAGACAGAACGCGCAAAACGGAAACUUCUCGAUCGAACAACAGGCGGAGGGGACGAUAAGCUCUCAUCAGGCCGGAUCGGGAGGAAUGAAUUUGCAGGGGCGAAUGCGGUUGCGUCGGAGCGAUGUGAGUGUGGGGACAAUCCGCUAGUCAGCGAUUUGCAGGUGGAACGUUGUCGAGAUUCUGACUCUCGUCACUGCAGAUUGGACAGGACCGAAAAACAUGCCGCAGCGACGACCAGAGGAUGGGGAUGCACCUGCGGGAGAGGAUGA